AUGGGUACUUUGCAUCCUUAUUCAGUUGCAGAUGAUCAUCAUCGUCAUCAUCAUGAAGGAGGAGAUGAAGAGCGUCCUCCUCUUCCCAUGCCCCAAACUCAUGAGCCAAACAAGAAGCCAUUGGAUGCCGGAGCUCUCUUCGUUCUCAAAUCCAAAGGUGGAUGGCUACACUGUGGGUACCAUAUGACAACGUCCAUAGUUGCUCCACCAGUGCUAAGUCUACCAUUCGCAGUGGCGUCGCUAGGUUGGAUAGGGGGAGUAGUGUUUCUGAUGAUAGCAGCCAUGGUGACGUUUUACUCAUACAACCUCGUCUCUCUGGUUCUUGAACACCAUGCUCACAAGGGCAACCGUCUCCUUCGUUUCAGAGACAUGGCCGACGACAUCUUGGGGCCAGGAUGGGGCAAAUAUUUUGUGGGUCCUGUUCAGUUCGUGGUCUGCUACGGCUGUGUUAUUGCUUCUAUUCUUCUUGGAGCUCAGUGCAUGAAGACAAUUUACUUGUUAUCAAGACCAGAUGGAAGCAUGAAGCUCUAUGAAUUUGUGAUCAUAUUGGGAGCUUUUACAUUGGUCUUAGCCCAGAUUCCAUCUUUUCACUCACUAAGGCACAUCAACCUUCUUUCUUUGAUCCUUUGUCUUGUCUAUGACAUCAGUGCCAUGGUUGCAUCUGUUUAUAUAGGAAAUUCAAAUAAGGGGCCACCGAGAGAUUAUUCGUUACAAGGUGAUAGCGGAACUCGUAUAUUUAAUGCCUUCAAUGCAAUUGCCAUCAUCACCACGGCAUACGGGAAUGGGAUGAUACCAGAAAUACAGGCAACCAUAGCACCUCCAGUGAAAGGCAAGAUGUUCAAGGGACUCUGUGUUUGCUAUGUUGUAGUGAUAAUUACUUUCUUUGGUGUAUCAAUCACCGGCUACUGGGCAUUUGGCAACCAAGCUGCCGGCACCGUCCUCAUGAACUUCUAUGGCAAUGGGAACCCAUUGGUCCCAAAGUGGUUUCUUUACAUAGUCAAUACCUUGACUUUCAUCCAAGUAUCAGCUGUUGGUUUGGUUUACUUGCAACCCACAAAUGAAAUACUGGAGCGAACGUUUGCAGAUCCACAGAAAGGCGAAUUCUCGCACCGCAAUGUGAUGCCAAGGUUGAUUUCGCGUUCAAUAUCUAUCGCGAUCGCAACAUUAAUCGCGGCAAUGCUUCCAUUCUUUGGAGAUAUCAAUGGUGUAAUUGGAGCUUUUGGGUUCAUACCUCUUGAUUUUGUGUUGCCUGUGAUAUUCUAUAACUUGACUUUCAGACCAACAAAGCUAAACCCAAUUUUCUGGGUGAAUACCUCUAUUGCUACAAUAUUUUCAGUUGUAGCAGUUAUAUCAGUAGUUGCAGCUGUUAGACAAAUAACUCUUGAUGCUGGUACUUAUAGAUUAUUUGCUAAUGUAUGA